GAUAUUCAGCAAAUUAAUUUCCCUUUCAAAGUUCAGUGUUUUAACUAUUUGAUGACUCACCUACCUGACACAUUAACCAAGAGACGUAAGGAAGCUUGUAGAGUAACUAGUAAGAAUAUAGUUUAUACCUUAACAGAAGAAACCUACAGAGUGAUGAUUUUUGGUAGGGAUUUGGAUAUUUCUAUGUACGUCGGCUCUCGUGUUUUUCAUUGGGCCGUGCAGUGACACCAGAUACCUGAUCGAGGUGGAGCUUCUUGGGAUUUUAUUUGCUCAGCUAACACAUGAGUUAAGAACAUUUUUUCACCACACGUGUAUAUUACGGUCUAUUUCAGAAGUUUUGCAGAUUUUUAGUUGAGAAAAUCAUUACUGGGAGUUGUUUUGUUUUGUUUUCUCUGAGUGUUGCAUGAAUUUCAGUAUUAAUUAUGGAUGAUCUGAAUGGAACAAUCGAUCCCAGAUGUCUAGCUGAGCCACCUAUGGCUAUGGACGUUAUUAACGAGCUGGAUAUGUUUGGGAUUGCUCUAUACUCCAUCCUGACGUUUAUGGCUACUGUGUCUCUACUGGUGUAUGCGGAGCAGUGUGCGUAUGUCUACAAAAACGUACCCUACCCAAAGAAAACCAACAUCAUUUGGGUCACCGGUGCUGCACCAGUCAUUUCUACUAUGUCAUGCCUUGGAAUGUGGAUCCCAAGAAGCACCAUGUUCACAGAUAUGACCUCUAACUCAUAUUUUGCGGUCGUGAUCUAUAAGAUUCUGAUUCUCAUGCUGUUGGAGUGUGGUGGUGAAGAAGCCUUUUUGAGACACUCGGUAAAGAAGACGUUCUGGAUCAGCACUGGACCGUGUUGCUGUUGCUGCCCCUGCCUCCCCCGAGUGCCAAUCACACGGCGUGUGCUGUUCCUGCUAAAGCUGGGAUCGCUGCAAUAUGCCAUCAUGAAGCCGGCCCUCUCUGUUCUCUCUGUUAUUUUGUGGACCAAUGGAAUCUACGAUCCUAAUGACCUAAGUAUAACAAGAGCCACUAUCUGGAUAAACCCAUUCGUAGGAGUCCUGACUAUUAUCUCCUUGUGGCCGGUAGGCAUCAUGUUCAUGCACAUACAGAAGACACUGCGCAGCAUCAAGAUCAUCCCCAAGUAUGCCAUGUAUCAGCUGGUUUUGGUUCUGAGUCAGCUGCAGUCAGCUAUUAUUAAUAUCCUGUCACUUAAUGGAAAAAUCGCUUGCUCUCCACCUUUCUCAUCUCCAGCCCGAGGAUCUAUGCUUAGUCAGCAGUUAAUGAUUAUCGAGAUGUUCAUCAUCACGAUGGUGACGAGGACACUCUACAGACGUUCCUACGAGCCUGUCGAGCUGGAACCUAACGAGAGUGUAAAUAACUUGGAUGUUAAACUCAGCUUAAACUCCGCCUUAGACGAGGAACAUGCUGCAUGAUGUGAAAGAAUAUAUUUAUAAUUCUAUGCCUUUUGUAUUAGUGUAUUUGUAUUACAGUACGUCAUAUAUCACUUCAUGUUUGGUGUGUAUAUAGUAUAUAGGUAAAAUAAAAUAAAACAUACAGAUA